AUGGAAGAUCCAUUCUGUACGGUUGAGUUUAGCGGAAGACUUGUCUGUCUAAUCCUUUUUUCAGACUUGUCUGUCUGUCUAAUCCUUUUUUCAGACUUGUCUGUCAGUCUGUCUAAUCCUUUUUCAGACUUGUCUGUCAGUCUGUCUAAUCCUUUUUCAGACUUGUCUGUCAGUCUGUCUAAUCCUUUUUUCAACUUGUCUGUCAGUCUGUCUAAUCCUUUUUUCAGACUUGUCUGUCUAAUCCUUUUUUCAGACUUGUCUGUCUGUCUCCCUUUUUCAGAUUUGUCUGUCUGCCUGUCUAUUCGUUUUCACUCUCUCUCUCUCUCUCUCACUCUUUCGUUUUCUCUCUCUCUCUCUCUCUCUCUCACUGUUUCGUCCCCUCUCUCACUGUUUCGUUCUCUCUCUCACCCUGUUUCGUUAUCUCUCUCUCUCUCUGUUUCGUUUUUCUCUCUCACUGUUUCGUUCUCUCUCUCUCUCUCUCACUGUUUCGUCCCCUCUCUCACUGUUUCUCUUUCUCUCACUCUCUCACUGUUUCGUUCUCUCACUCUCUCACUGUUUCGUUCUCUCUCUCUCUCUCACUGUUUCGUUCUCUCUCUCUCUGUUUCUGUUCGUUCUCUCUCUCUCUCACUGUUUCGUUUCUCUCUCUCUCUCUGUUUCGUUAUCUCUCUCUCUCUCACCCUUUCGUCCUCUCUCUCACCCUUUCGUCCUCUCUCUCUCUCUCUCUCACUGUUUCGUUCUCUUUCUCACUCUGUUUCGUUAUCUCUCUAUCUCACUGUUACGUUUUUCUCCCUCUCUCACUGUUUCGUCCCCUCUCUCACUGUUUCGUUUUUCUCUCUCUCUCACUGUUUCGUCCCCUCUCUCACUGUUUCUCUCUCUCACUCUGUUUCGUUAUAUCUCUCUCACCGUUUCGUUCUUUCGUUCUCUCUCUCUCUCUCUCUCUCUCUCUCUUUCUCUCUCUCAAUCUUUCCUUCUCUCGAUCUUUCGUUCUCUCGAUCUUUCGUUCUCUCUCUUGAUCUUUCGAUCUCUCUCUCUCUCUCUCUCUCUCUCUCUCUCGUGCCUUCGUUCUCUCUCGUUCUUUCGUUCUCUCUCUCUCUCUCUCUCACUCUCUCUCUCUCGUUCUAUUAA